AGUAACUCCACUUUCUCUUCUUAGUCAAAGUUCAGUCGCUGGUUUGUUGACUCAACUUCGAAGUCGCGCGCUGCAACACGAUGGCAAACGAGGCCAAACCGUGUCCUUGCAACAUUGGAGAUCGGCUGGAGUAUGGAGGUCUGGGUCAGGAGGUUCAGAUGGAUCACAUUCAUGGUUAUGUAGUAAAGCCCACAGCUGCAUCUGAAAAGGCCAUCAUUGUUAUCCAAGACAUAUUUGGAUGGAAACUUCCCAAUACCAGAUACAUCGCUGAUAUGAUCGCCUCCAAUGGAUACAUAGCUGUGUGUCCAGACUUUUUUGUUGGAAAAGAGCCAUGGAGUCCAACACAUGAUUGGUCCAAAUUUCAGGAGUGGCUUGAAGACAAAAAGGCUACCAACAUUAAAAGAGAAGUGGAUGCAACUAUAGAGUUUCUGAAAACCAAGUGUGGUGCCAAACAUAUUGGAGUGGUUGGAUUUUGCUGGGGAGGUGUCGCCACACACUACAUAUCUCUGCAGUAUCCUGAAAUCAAAGCAGCAGUCUCAGUAUAUGGAGUCGUACGCAUGAUGGAGGACAAAUAUGACCUGAAAAGCCCCACUCUUUUUAUAUUUGGAGAGAAAGAUGACUACAUUCCUCUUGACCAGGUGAAAGAGCUUGAAGACAAACUAAAGGAGAAAUGCAAAAUGGACUAUCAGGUUAAAAUCUUUCCUGGACAGACCCAUGGCUUUGUUCACCGUAAGAGGGAAGAUAUGAAUCCAGAAGAUACACCCCACAUCCAGGAGGCCAGGAAGGACAUGCUGAACUGGCUCAAUAAAUACAUGUAACUU